GUGAGACGAUGCAGAGAGAGGAGGCCCAGUGAGUGAGGCGCUGGCAGAGGAGGAGGACAGAGGGAUUAUAAUCAUGUCAACCUCGUGGAAGCAGCUCCUUUUUCAGACCGUCCUGCUUCUCAUCUCCUGCAGACCCACCCAAACAAAGACAUCAGGCCCAACGCCUCCACCACUGGUUCCCAUCAGUCCUCUGUCGACAGCUGUAAGAAGUGUUGUCCUUGAAGGGGACAGUCACACUGAGAAGGUGGAGCUGGAGAACCCUGUGGAUCUGGAGCUGGAGUGCGUCUGGAUCGGGAACCUGAACAAUCUGCCAAACGUAACCGGCGUCUGGAGAAAAGGUGGAGAUGAAAUCGAGAACAGUCGCCUCGCGGUGCCGCUGGAGAAAGAGAAGUAUCAUCUCAGACGAGUGUUCAGGAUCGUCAGUGAAGAAAACCUCGGAAAUUACUCAUGUGUGUUUGGAAAUGAAGCAAAAGUAGAUUUUAUUUUGGCAGCUCCACAGAUGGGCGAGGUGCGAGAUAAGCCCAUAGUCAGCUACGUGGGGGAUUCAGUGGUGGUCGUAUGUAAGAUGGAGGCCACCAAACCAAAGCCCCUCUCCUGGAACUGGUACAAAGCAAACGGGACGGAUAAAGAGCAGAUCAUUUAUGCAGCAGAGUCUCAUCAGUAUGAAAUCAAAGACAAAGAUUGGACGAGCAAGCUGGUGGUUCACAACCUGACCGAGGCCGACUCCGGCUCCUAUCACUGUGAAGCCGUGUACGCCCUCGGCACCACGAUGGGCCACGUGGAGCUGAAGGUCAUCACCCUGUGGGAGCCUCUGAAGCCGUUCAUCGCCAUCCUGGUGGAGGUGGUCGUCCUGGUCGCCGCCAUUCUGCUCUACGAGAGAAGUCAGUCAAAGAAAAAGUGCUCAGGAGAAAAUGGGACAAAUGCGGAACAAUCAAACACACUGACGCAGGCAGAAGAUAACGGACCAGAGGAAAGUUCUUCGAUGAGACAGCGAAAGGUUUAAACUCUCUGGAGGCUGCAAGUCAACAGAUUCUGCUUUUGCUUAUUUUCACAUGUGAAUGGUAGAGCUCCAAUGCAAUAUUAAAGAAUUAUUUUUGUGUCCCAAAUAAAAAUCUAAAUAUUUCAACAGACAAAAUGCAAUAAUCUCCACAGUUCACAGUUUCCUGUUUGCAUCCUGUCGUGCUGGAGGAUGUGUUUCUUUUUAAAUUUCCAAUAGACAGCAUCAACCCUGUAAACCGUCACUUCCUGUAGAGACCGGAGUUCAUGUCGGUGACUUCUCACCUCACUCCGCCUUUGUUGCUUCUCUGUCAAGGAAAUCCUCAACACGUCUUUGCCUGUGCUAUGAAUGGGGUUUGUGAGCAGUGCCUCUGAACCAAUGAGCCAUUCAAAUUUUGCUCCCAGUGACUUUGUGUUAUGUUUUAUGUGUGCGACACUGUCUACAUACACUGUGUUAGUCUCAUUACAUGUAUAUCAAGAUAUUUCAUCAUAUAUGCAGAUGUUUGUGUAUCAUUUUCACGACUUUAGUUGUGUGUUUUUGUCAAUGUUGAAGGUGUCACAUGUUUAUGUCAACAAGCAAAUUAAAACUACACAAAUCACC